GACAACUUAGCUUAGCUGCAACAGUAUUCAUCAAAGCAAUUUGUAUUCGGAACCCACAGUCGCUAGCGCUGGAGCGCUCGACAACACGUAGAAUGAGCUCCUUACGUACCAUUUCAUUAGGUGCUAGCGUUGCAACAAUGAAAGGGGUGCCGGCAAGCUGGCAGAGUCAGGGUUUCCCCCUGCCUGCUGGUGCGACUCGCGUUGCGUGCCUCAAGCGGCAAAGGGCAGCAGGGCGCAAGCCGAGCAAGCUGAGCAAAGGACCGCCUCAAAGGUAAUGCCGGGGCUGGGGGCCUCGUCGUGGUCAGCCAGCAAGGCCACGACGUCCGCUGCCCGCCGGCACCGCCAGGAGGCGGCGGAAGUGGUGGCGCCCCCGGGAGCGGCGGUGGCGCCGGCAGCGGCGGCGGCAGUGGAAGCAGCGGCGCUGGCGGAAGCGGCAGCGCUGGCGGAAGGGGCGGUGCUGGCAGAAGCGGCGGCGGCGGUGGGAGCGCAGGCGGCACGGCCGCCGCCGGCAGUGGCUCGGGUAGCGCCGGCGCCACGGCUGCCUUCCGCCGGCCAUGUCGAGCCUUGCCGGAGCGCGGCGUUACCGGAACUGGCCACAGCCUCCGUCAGGGGGCUUCCAGGGCUAUGCACCAGGGACGUGUUCAGUGGCAAUGUGGCAAUGGUGGCGGUGGUGUAUGUGUGUGUGUGUAUGGUGGUGGGCCUCCCGCACGCAGCCCGAGUUUUGGCGUCUGCACUGGACCACCAGUGCGCCGGUUGAAGUUCGGUUCGUCGGUCUGAAGUUCUGAUGCAUGAGUGAUGCGUGCGAAGUUAUAACUAGAUGCCAAAAAUCAGAAGGAAGAGUUGCAGCGUUCUUUGUUUUACCGGCAAUGAGCUGUUUGCGGACAAGGGAUUAAAGCUUGCCGCCGGUUGCAGUGCAACCCGGUCAGCAGCGGGUAGUUCGUAAAUGCACGACAGUCGCCGGCGUGUACGCGUGUCGCUGAUUAUUUUAUAGCACGUUUGGAACUGUGCUCAAUGACAAUAACAGGAGGGGAAACUGCUGGUCGGGCGCAAGUGGCCCUCGCGACAUUUUGUCCGACUGCCCCGUCAACACCUAUGAGAAGGAUCCUUUGCUCGCGCUAACCCAAAACAGUCUGGACACAGCACACGUAUAAUUUACUAGACUCUUUUAAUAAUUCCUCGGA